AUGUUGGAAGGUCAACCACUUACAAAGGGUCUGUUGUAUGAGUAUCUUGAGAAGAUACCGACGAUUCCUCAAAAGGAGGUAGGCCAGACAUUUUUGAAUUAUGGAGUGGAGCAUGGUCGUUUCUUCCCAAUCACUGAAGAGCCUAGAUUCCUCGAUCACAUUGAUCUCAACAUGACCUAUCGUCUAGACAGCCAAGUGCCCAUAACCUACGCCUGCUCGUGGGGUAUGUACGCCAAUGGCUCCAUCAACAACUUCCCGGACGCCAAGGUCGUGCCCUUCAAGAAGAAGAAGAAGUCCGUCGCCAUGCUCUCGUUCAACUGUGGUGUGGGCGGUGCCAUCUUCCGAAGCUCGUACCUUGAGCACCUUAUGGUGCACUUCCCGCUGGCCAGCUACGGCAACUGCAUGCAGAACACCAAGUUGGACGCCGACGACAAGAUGCCCGUCGAGACCUGGACAGACCUGGGUAUGCAGCUCAUGUACAAGUCAAAGACGAUGAGCAAGCAUCUGUUUGGCGUGGCGUUUGAGAACAACAACCUCACAGACUACGUCACAGAGAAGGUGUACAACGUGUUGCUCGGUGGAACUGUUCCAUUGUACAUGGGUGCGCCCAAUAUCAACGAGUUUGUUCCAGAGAACAGUAUCAUCAAUGUGGCCGACUUUGAGAGUCCGGCUGCACUUGGCAAAUACCUCAAAUACCUCUCUGGCAAUGAGACCGCCUACAACGAAUACUUUGCCUGGAAGAAGAAGCCCCUACCCCAAUACUUUAUCGAGAAGUACGAACAAUGUAUCUUCUAUCAAGGUGAAUGUCGUCUAUGCACACUCAUCACUGACAGGUUAGUCAAGGAACACUAUGAGAAGAUUGAGAGGAAUGAUAAGCAUCGUAUUGAGUUUGGUGAGCCUGCUGCCAUCGCAUCUCAACUCAAGGGUGUACUUAUGAAGCCCGAAAGUUGUAUCAAGACUGUUGCCAAGGAUCAUAUUCAAUCUAUAGACGAUCACUUCACAUUCGAAGCAUGGUUAAUCCCCGUGAAGAUGAAGAAAAUGAGGUUGUUCACAAUUACAAAGGCAUUGAGUGUUGAGAUUAUUACAGAGUUCAACAGGAACUAUUUACAGGUGUGCCUGGAUCAAGUUGGUGAAUGUUUGGUCAGUGAGAGUCCAUUGGAGUAUGGUCAGUGGAGACAUGUUGCCGUCUCAAUUGAGAGAGUUACACAAGGUCAAAUCCGCAUCAGUCUCUACAUCAAUGCUGCACUAGACUAUCAAAAGGAUGUCCACUUCUCAUCGUUCAAAGUAUUGCCAAAGUUUGACAUGUUAGUUGGAUGUCACGAGGCUGGAUAUGAUGGUAUAUUGGAUGAUGUUACCGUGUGGAAUAGGACAUUGAGUGAGAGGGAGAUAUCGAAAUCAAUGUUCAAGAAGUUUAGAGGUGAUGAGGCUGGUUUGAUGUUGUACAUGACGUUCAAUGGACCAGCACCAUUCGAUUACUCUAUCAAUCGUCAUCUGAUCACUCAUGAAUCAUUGGAGGUGAUACCGUUGGAUCACAAACCAUUGAACCUAAAUUGUUGCAGUCAAUUGACCAACGAUACAAAGAUAUUGAAUCCAUAUAAACCAGAGACAAUGGUAUAG